AUGUCCGACCUAGCCCUAGCCGCACCGACCUCUACUACGGCCCCAACCUCCAAUAGCAACAAUAAUCCGCAACCGAGACAGCAUGAGAAUGAAGAUGAAGCGGAAGAAAAACCAAACCUAAACCAGCAAUCCGCCAUCCCUCUAGCAGAAGCGCAUAAAGCACACAUCCACCUACCUCGCGUGACGAUAAAGUACUGCACGCAGUGCAAAUGGCUGCUCAGGGCGGCAUAUUUCGCUCAAGAAUUGCUCUCCACGUUUUCCACGGCGCUGGGCGAAGUCUCCCUCGUUCCCGCCACCGGUGGCGUCUUCGUGGUGUCCGUCCUGCAUCAGUCCAGUGUCGAUUUCACGGAUGCGGAAACCGUGAUAUGGGACCGGAAGAUGGAAGGCGGGUUUCCAGAAACAAAGCAACUAAAAUCGCUUGUCCGCAACAUUGUUGAUCCCUCGCGGGAUCUAGGACACGUUGACCGUGCCCUUGCACAGAAGAAAGGGGGGGGGAAAGCAGCGGAGGGUGCCGUUGAUACAGAGAUGGCGAUGGCGGCAGUGGUGCAGACGCAAGCACAAGCAGGAUCAGCUACGGCUACCACAGCUACCACAGCUACUAAUAUCUGCAAGGAUUGUGAGUGA